UAAGGGGCGGGCGGAGCGGGGCCAGCGGAGGUGUGAGCAGCUGCCCGAGACCGUGGCUUGGAGGCCGGGAGCCAGACGCUGAUUCACGGAGCCACCGAGACCCUCGGAGGAGCCGCAGGUGCCAUGGCAGAGCCAUCCGGGGACGCCCAGCAGGUCCCGCGUGGCAGCAAGGCUUGCCGCCGCCUCUUCGGCCCCGUGGACAGCGAGCAGCUGCGCCGAGACUGCGAUGCGCUGAUGGCGGGCUGCGUGCAGGAGGCCCGGGAGCGAUGGAACUUCGACUUUGUCACCGAGACACCGCUGGAGGGCGACUUUGCCUGGGAGCGCGUGUGGGGCCUGGGCCUGCCCAAGCUCUACCUGCCUGCGGGGCCCUGUGGGGGCCGGGAUGACCUGGGAGGGGGCAAGCGGCCCAGCCCCUCGCCUGCCCUGCUGCAGGGGACCGCUCAGGAGGACCACCUGGACCUGUCGCUGUCCUGCACCCUCAUGCCUCACGCCCCUGAGCGGCCCGAGGCGUCCCCGGGGGCGCCUGGCACCUCUCAGGGCCGGAGACGGAGGCAGACCAGCAUGACAGAUUUCUAUCACUCCAAACGCCGGCUGAUCUUCUCCAAAAGGAAGCCCUGAUGUGCCCCCUGGAAGCCUCAAGCUCUUAGAAAUGAGGGUCCCUCCCCCCCUCCCCUUCUACACCUUUUGCCUUUAGGCCUUCAGUUUGUCAGUCUUAAUUAUUAUUUGUGUUUUAAUUUAAACUCCUCCUUAUGUAUAUACCCUGCUUGCUACCACCCUCCCCCCACUCCUCCCCCGCCUCUGGCAUUUAGAAUUAUUUAAAAAACGAGUAGACAGCAGAAUGAUAGGCUUAUUAGAGUGCUAGAUAUUUUUAUUAUGCAAACUAUUAUUUAAGAUGUCUUCGUCCUGUGCUCCCCAUUUCCGCUCUCCCAGAGAUGAGGUGGGGCUGGCCUGACCCUCACCUGCCGGGUGGUGCUCUCCGGAGGAGCCCGGCUCCCUCUGCUCACCGCCUCGUAGGUGUUAUGAAAUUCCACCCCUUUCCUGCAUUCCCAAACCCGGAUUCUUUAUAAUUUGAGAAGUAAACAGCACUUUGAAGGGGGCUCAGCAGGGUGGGGGCAUCAUCAAAACUUUGGCGUCCCCUCACCUGUAAGGUAGGGCAGGGUGACCUUGAAGUAGGCACAGCCUGGAACACGGCUGGGCACAGGGCACCCUCCUGGCCCUUGAUGCCCCACUCUGUCCUGUGAAGGCAUGGGGGAAGGUAGGGUCCUGUAGCAAACCACCCCACCUCCCCUCACCCCCUCUGCCGCCCACAGGGGAGCCAGGCUCAAUGUUUGGCCUCCCCUGCACUUUCUCGAAGUCCCAGGUACCCCUCUUUUCCAGCUGGGCUUUCAGGUCCCUCUCUGCUCCCCUCCCCUUCCCCAUACCUUUUCCCUCUAGUACCCUCCCAGCCCUGGGUGGCAGCUCUGGGGUGCCUGUCCCCCCAGCUCGGUGGACUGGGAGGGGAAAGGGUGUGCUAGAAGUAGGGGUCCCCAGUUCUACCUCAGGCAACACAAGCGGCGACCGCCUCCUCCUCUUAUCUCCGGGGGCAGAGGACCUGGGUGGUCAGCCAGGCCUUCUUGAGUGGGGAUCUCUCGGUCAGGGGUAUAUUGUGGGGGUGGCAGAUUUUUCUAGGAGGGAGAGGGUGACCCCAGCCCCUGGAACUCAUCCAAGGACUUUCCCCACUGCCCCCUCUUCCCCCAUUUCAUUGCACUUUGAAUAGCAGCUGAACAAGGAGUCAGGUGUUUAAGACGGUGGGGGUGGAGCUGUGGGGGUAGGGGUGGUCAGAUGUUUAAGACAGUGGGGGUGGGCAUGCGAAAUGGGCUAAUGUGGGCCUGAAGAAUUGUGAGCUAUUGUCUUUCCUGGCACUGAACGUUGAGUCCCUGGAGGUACCGAAGCACCUAGUGGCUCUGACUGCAAACACCUUAAACUCCUGUAACAUCCUGGCCUGGACUGUUUUCUCCUGCCUCCACCUAGACUGUAAGCCUCGGGAGGGCAGGAACAAGUCCUAUACUGCUCUGUGUCCUCACAGCCCCUCCUACAGUGCUGGGUAUACAGCAGGUGCUCAAUAAAUAUUUCUGAGUGACUUGUAUUG